AUGGCUCUCACUGCCGGCGACGUAGAAGCAGAUAUACAUUACCUAUCGCGUAGCGAUAUCUACAAAUCCGUCAAACCAUAUACACUUCGGUACAAGCCUCCAGGAUUAUUACCUAUCUCUAAUGUAAUCCGCGAGAAGGAAUGUACGAUUAUUCGCAAUAUGCGGCACCACUGGGAUGCUCUGAAAUACGAUAGUUGUGGUUUUCAGGUCGUCGAGCUAGACACACAGAUGACUUUUGAUGACUUUUCGGAUGUCGAUAAAAUUGAUCGAGUCCAUCGUCCAGAAAUUGAAAAGUGUGUAAAGCGAACAAUGCAGGCGUCGUCUGUGCAAGUCCUUGAUUACGUGAUACGGAGGCGUCAUGUAUCCUUUCCCAUUGCAACUGGAGAGCCGUACGAGUGGCAGCAGCCUGCCUCACGAGCGCACAUCGACUUCACGUUCAACGCUGGCGUCAGCACGAUACGUAAUGCUUUCAAUGAGAAGGCUGAUGCGAUAUUGGCAGCUCGCUGGCAAUUCGUGAACAUAUGGCAUCCUCUGAAGGGGCCUCUGGUGGACUGGCCUCUUGCCUUCUGUGAUGCAGCUUCGGUGGACUUCGACAACGACACAAUGGCUGGAGAUGUGGUUGAAAGGACGAAAGCUUUCGAGAACACUCAAGUACACUUCAACCCACAGCAGAAGUGGUACUACUUGAAGGACCAGCUUCCAUCUGAACUCUUGAUGUUCAAGAAUGCCGACAGCGAGUCAACGUCUGGUGCAACUACAGGUAGGCUUGUCUGUGGAAACCAGAAAAGCCGCAGAUUCUUGCUCAUUGACAUUAGGAGUUCCUCACGCCUCAUUCUGCAAUCCACUGGCUUCACAAACCGAGACGCCACGCGAAAGCAUUGA